AUGGCUGAAGAAGGCCAGGAGAUGGGUGGCAUCCAUUUUCCGUUUCCCUCCCCCCAUCCUAUCCAGAAAUACUUCAUGGCAGAACUCUACAAGGUUUUGGAGGCUGGCAAGAUUGGGAUAUUUGAGAGUCCAACUGGCAUGGGAAAGUCCUUAAGUCUGAUUUGUGGGGCCCUCUCCUGGCUCCGGGACUUUGAACAGAAGAAAUUGCAAGCAGAGGCUGGUCUCCUCGCUCCUGCAUCUGGCCCCACAAGUAGUGGGAGGAACUCAGUCCUGUCUUCCUCAUCCUGCCAAGAACCCUCUGACACCCUGAGACCUGCUGGAGAUCCUGACUGGGUCACUGAAUUUGUGCAGAAGAAAGAAGAAAGGGACCUGGUGGAGAGGCUGAGGGAGGAGCAGCUGAGGAGGAGGAAGCGAGAGGAGCGGCUGCAGGAGGUCUGCCAGGAUGGAAGACGCAGGUUUGCUGCCAAGCGCUCGAGACAGGAGGAAGAGGAGACCGAGACUCUCCUGCGCCUCAGCAGGGAGAUGCUUGCUGCAGACACAGCACCAGAGCAGCUGGGGCAGCUGGAGUGUGGGGAGGAGCAUCUGGUUCUGGCAGAAUAUGAGAGUGAUGAGGAGAGAAGAGGCAGCAGGGUGGAUGAGGGUGAGGAUGACUUGGAGGAAGAACAUAUAACCAAGAUUUAUUACUGCAGUCGGACACACUCACAGCUGGCCCAGUUUGUGCGUGAGGUGCAGAAGAGCCCUUUUGGCAAGGAGACGCGGCUAGUUUCCCUUGGGUCUAGGCAGAGCCUUUGUGUGAAUGAAGAUGUGAAAAGCCUGGGUUCUGUGCACCUCAUGAAUGACCGCUGUGUGGACAUGCAAAGACGCAAACACGAGAAGAUGAGAAUUGGGGAAGACAAGCCAAAGAGAAGGAGACAGAAGAUGCAGGCCUCCUGCCCCUUCUACAACCAUGAGCAGAUGGAGCUUCUCCGGGAUGAGAUUCUGCUGGAGGUGAAGGACAUGGAGCAGCUCGUGGCCCUCGGGAAGGAGGCCCAGGCCUGCCCCUAUUAUGGAAGCCGCUUUGCCAUCCCUGCAGCCCAGCUGGUGGUGCUGCCCUACCCAAUGCUGCUGCACGCAGCCACCCGGCAGGCUGCGGGAAUCAGGCUGCAAGGGCAGGUGGUCAUUAUUGACGAGGCUCACAACCUGAUCGACACCAUCACCAAUAUCCACAGCACAGAGGUCAAUGGUUCCCAGCUCUGCCAGGCCCAUUCCCAGUUGCUCCAGUACAUGGAAAGAUACAGGAAGCGUUUAAAGGCCAAGAACCUGAUGUACAUCAAGCAGAUCCUGUACUUGCUGGACAAGUUUGUGGCUGUUUUGGGAGGUAACGUUAAGCAAAACCCUAGUACACAGAGCCUGCCUCAGACAGGGUCUGAGCUGCAGAGCAUCAACGACUUUCUCUUUCAGAGCCAGGUGGACAACAUCAACCUCUUCAAGGUGACGUCCUCCACUGGAAGUGCUAAGAACGAGCCAGAUGGAGUUCUCCAGAGGCACUGGGAAAGCUUAGAGAACGACAGCCUCCUGAGAAGCCAGAGAGCAGGGUUGGCAUGUGGGCAGAAUGUGCAGGAAAAGGAGGCCUCUCUGCAUCAGAGACCGCACUGGCCUGUAGUCCAGUGUCAUGCCAUGUUAAACUCAGAAGAGCCUGAGAUCUCCAGGCAGCAGAAAGAAUCAGAGAGGUAAUCCAUGGCUCCCUGUUGGGCCAGAAGAAACAGGAUACCUUCUGAUCGAAUGUGCGCUUUCCCACUGUGCGAAGUCCUAAACCCAGCUCACAUCUGUGGGAGAGGCGGACCAUCUGUCCCCUAAGAUAUAAAAGGACACAGCACUCUGCUAUGAGAGCAUGGGCCGCUGCCACUUGAGAGGAAUCCCAACGUCAUUGCUUCAAGUCCCUAGAGAACAUGGUGUUCAAAAAGGGCAUCUCGCAGUCAUGGUCUCCGUCUUUGAGUCUGAACAGCUGAAACUCUCUGAGGAUGCGCAAGAGAGGAUCUUUCACCUCUGCUUUCCUCCUAAUGCCGUUCUUCCUCUGCACCUCAGACAAUUGAGAGAUGGAUAACGUCCUCUGGGUAGUUUGGAGGGGAGAUCUGGACUAGGUCAGGAAAGAAUGGGGUGUGAGUUAGCUGCUGUGUGCAAAGAGUGGAAUUGGUGCCUUUGCUCACCUCUAAAUGCCAAAGACACGGUGGGGGAGCUGUGAAGACUUACAAGGUGGAGGGACAUCCUCAGAUAACAUUCACUGGGUCUACUUUAUAGGGAGAGCUCACACAAGGAGGAAGAGGCCCGCAUGGCUACCAUCAAAGCCUCCUGUGACAGGCCUGGCUGUGUGGUGAAGUGGGCUCACUAUAGAGCUGUUAGGACACUGGACAUGGCCAACAGCUGCCCAUGGUACACAGGAGAAAAGCCUGCUGAGACGGGUCUAAGUGUGCACUAACUCGAGCUUACCACUGUUAGGACAGUGGACAUCUUUCCAUGUCACACAGAGGGAGAGGUGUAAGAGAUGGAUGAUAUCCAGA